CGUCGUACUCCUCGUACGCUCCAUCGUCAUUCGGGGCGCUCAUUCGCAUUGUCAGUCACAGUCAGUCAGCGCUCGUAGUCGGUCGGUGUGCGCGACUCCUGCCUGAGAUCACGAUCCGCACGUACAGCCGACGCACUAGAAGAGCGAGCGAUCCGUACGCGAGUCGCGCGCACACACAUACAGAUACCACACAUCCUUCCGAAGAGCCUAGCACACGGCGCGCAUCCAGCGGCAAGUGUGCGCGUGUGACGCGACCAAGUAAAAACACACACACCGGACCCGCUUUUUGCGCUCCUUUUUCGCUCUCGCUUUAUGCACAUGUCCUCCCGCACGGAAUUUAGUGAGAAGUGAGGAGUGCGCUAAUCUGGACGAACUUUGCGAAUUAAACGUAAAAAAAUAUAUACAAAAAAUAAGGAACAAAAGGAUAACUUGAGGUGUAGAGUGCGCCGCAAACUUUUACAAACUAAUGCACAGUUAUAAUUGUGUCGAUGUGCGAAUUGCCGCACACCGUGAGGAAGCAGUGAAAAAUUGCCCAGAGAGCGAGCACCAACACACGCGCUCAAGGCUUAAUGACGCUCUCUAAAUGAUAUAAUCAUCUCAUUACAAUUACGACCGCAGCGUUUUACCAACCUGCCGAACCUAUUGUGGAUUAUUAUUUACACGUCGUUUUUCUUCCGUUUGUGAAGAGCAAACCAAGUGGUGCAACGUGAACCGCCAAACAUAAACAAUAAACUCUCGAAAUAUAAUCAAAGGAAAGGAUAAUAUCGCGCCAACAAAGUGGACGGAAAAAGUGAUAUAUCGGAGAAUUGUGCACUUUGUGUUUAAAUCUGUUAUCUAUCUGUUUCGGUGGGUGGUGGAUUAUCACCGCCUUUUAUCUCAGCUCUACGCGCGAUUCCGCCAUCUCCUAAUCAGGAUAUGUGCGAAUUCCACGGCGACUGCGAGUGCACCAACACGUAGAAGUCAGCGGAACAAAGGAUUUCACCCAUACAUGCUGGAUCAAAUUGAAUUCGAUAUGAAGUCGCCGCCGGCAAUCAUCGACGACGGUGAUGACAUUUUUGGACCACCCCGUACAUAUGCCACCGGGUAUUGCCAACCGAAAAAUCGUCCAUCAAUGAUAUCGGCAAAAUAUCGCCAAAAGGAAGAACGACGCAAAGUUCUUAAAAUCAGCUGUAGUAAGUUGAAAAAAAUCGACGAUCCAGAAGUGAGUCUGUGUCGCUCGGUGUUAAUUAAUAACACCAUGAAGCGAUUGCAACUGGAAGUGCGUGAGGAGAAAUUGCAGAAACAAAAGUUGAAUUAUCCAACGUGUAUCGAUACUAGUGACAAUUUUCUGAACAUUAAAAGUGAAUUCAUCAAGAACGAGCUCAAGUCCUACGACGACAUCCCGAUGGUCGAGGUACCCACGGACGAUUAUGAUAAGAUGCAAAGGGAUGAGAUCAGUGAGAGUGUCAAGAGUGUGCUGGAUGAUACGGACAUCGUGACGACAAGUACAACGACGACACAUCCCACGCUUUUGCCGGAGCAGCAUUGCGACGCUAACGCCAAUACGAAGCGCGCCUACGACGAUAUUGAGAGCUGCGACUUCCAGGACGUGCUCUCUCAGUUCUACAUGCCGCCGACGCCACGUAUGUUGACGACCAUCGACGACGAUGAUGACUUGCCAACGGCGGUCGUCAGCGAGGAGCCGCCAGCGAAACGCUUCAAGGCGUCGACGGGCGUCGACUUUACGGACAAUUCUAGUGAUAGUUGUAGUAGAAUGAAUCCCAUCCAAAUGCAAAUGCAGUUCAUCAAUAACAAUCUGCCUGAGGGUAGUUGCGUCGGCAGCCCCGUGGCGCCGACGAGCGCCAACUCGUUCACGUGCGGACAAGCGUCGAUGUUUAGCGAAAUGCAGAACAACGUUUAUCAUAGUCUAAUCGCGUCAUUGGAAACGUAGCGUCGCGAAUGUUCUGUGCUAUUCAAUUCUAGGUGCCCAAAUAAUUAGAAAAAACACAAAUGAGAGAAGAAAAUAUUUAACAAAUAAUUACAUUUAACGUUAUAACAUAGGGAACUUUUUUGUGAUAUGUUAGUUAAUUAUAUAAAUAAAUAAAUUGAAAACGUGUAUUAACAAAAACGAAUUAAAAGAAGUAAAUGGUGUGUUCUCAGAACGACGGCACACGAAAUAGACACGCUCCAAUAGAUUUGUUCAAUUUAAAUAAUUAAAAGCUGCAUUGUAUAAUUUAUAAUAAAGAUUACUUAACGACAUUUAAGUAAGUACGUAUUAAGUACCAUGCAAUGCAUACGAAUGCAAAUGAGGAAGACAAGUACGUCAUGCAAAUCAAAACAACGGAGUUGCGUUAUACCAAAAGACGCAAGACUAAGUGCGAAAUAAAAACAACACUAAUUCCGAUAAAACAACUGUCAAUUUCAUCGGACGACAAUUAAUCGUUUGCAAUUAUUUGACUUUGCAAUUUUAUUUGGUUUCCUUAACAAUAAUGUCUGCAUCGUCCAAGCUCAUACUGAAGAGCACGACAAUUAUUAUUCGCGCCGAGGAAAUCAAACAUUAAUAAAUACAGUACGUACGCUAAUUAAAUAGGAAAUGAUUAUAAAAAACAAAAGGUCUGUGAUAUAAUGCAACACACUCUACGUGAAAAGAGUGGAAAUUUUUGUUUUUAAUAUCUUAAUUUUUAUGUUUUUGUUUGAGAAAUCUAAUCAUGAAUAUAUUGAAUGCAAUACACGCAACAUUUACAAUGAAUACAUUGUAACAAAACAAAACUAGAAAGGCACAUACAAAAUUGCAACCAAACCAAGUAUAAACGAGUGCUUAAAUUGAACAAGGCAUAAUUGCUUAUUUCCCAAAUUCAAAUACCCAACACACAUGGUGGCGAGGUGUAUAUGUAAAUAUUUAUACAUAUUGCUUAAAGUAGUGUGAAUAUAAACCGCUUUGUUAGUAAACUGAGAAUGGGAAUGAAAACGUAGAAUUUUUAACGUAAAAUCAAUUUUGAAAUUCCGACUUUUCAAACUCUCUGUGUGCGAUCAUUGUUGUGGCUUUAAAUUGAUAUCGGAACCAUCUCGGGAAUGUUACGCUCUACAUCGUAUGCAAGAUCGCAUGAUUUUUUUGGAUAAAAUAUUACCUGGAAUAUAGCAGAAUUUUAUCAAAAAAUGCUAUGAAUGUGAUUAGAGCUACACUUUACCCGAUUGGCUCACGAUGAUUACUCUUUAGAGAGCAAGCAUAUUGUGGCUGGACAAAUAAUUGUAUACUUUUUCGGCAUAUCAACAUCACAUUUAUAACUACCCUCCGGUAUGAACACUUCCUCCCAAACAUAUGCUGUGUGUCACCUAGUAAAAGCGUAGAGCAGAAAUUACACAAUAAUAUUUAACCGUAAAUCGUAUAAUAUAUAUUUUUGAAGACAAAAAGUAAACAAUUUUUGAUAAAAAGAUUUUUGAUAAAAAAAAGUACCUAUUACAAAACGCGUUGCAAAAAAACGAUUUAUUUCAACACAAAAGUUCUUAUAACAAAAGACGGGUAUUUUUGAUUAGAAGUUUGCUUAUAGAAUCUUGUUUUGUAGCUAGCGUUUCUUACGAUCUUGUUAUCAGUAGUAUUUAAUUUUCUUUUAUGUUUGCUGCUUAUUCAUGGCUUGGUUGACUAAUUAUUUCUCCUGUUAUUUUUUGAAGAUUGCUUUUAGAUUCUAAGUAGACAAAUUCCCAAGUGCUUAUUAUGUGUGUCGUGUCCAAAUACUGUGUAAACGCGCACCGCCAACAUACAGAACAUACGCGAACUAUAUUUUAUCACACCUGAUCAGAAACGAUGACAUGUCGAUUUGUGACAUGUCUCUUCCUUCUGUCUGCGAUUAUUCGACGUGUUUUCACGGCGAUCAGUUCGCGCUGUUUUGUGCUUGGCGGAAUGCGAGCGUGUUUGCAUAAAAAUCCCCUGCCUAUUAUACAUACAUUACAUUCAAUAUUGUAUACAUAGUAAUAAUAUGUAUAUUUAUUCAAAUUAGAUUUUAAAGGCAUAAUUGAAGCAGCGACCAGUUCUUUUUUUGCUGGUUGGGAUCUGCAGCAAAAUAACGCGCGAACAAAACCAAUUUUAUCGCGCCCAGAUACGAGUGUGUUACUUAAGCGGAAAGUCACAGUUUAUACAUGAACCGGAAAACGGAAUUUAAAAUUAACGUACAUGCAGAAAUCUUGAAUGAAAUGAAACUAUUUAUUAUACAUUUUAAAAUCGAUAUUGCGACAUCACACCGCAAUGGCAAAAUCAAUUAAGCGAAAAAUAAAAAAUAUCUUCUAGUUUUUUUUGUAAGUGAAAAUCAUUUUGUUUCAUAUUUGCGUUAAUCAUCAUUGUAUUAUACUGUAAUCUAAUAUUUGAUAUUGAUUUGUGGGAAUCGAACGCAUUGAUUUGUAAUUUAUUGUUAAACAAGUUGAACAAAUUGUUUCGAACGUACAGAAUGCUGCGGCAUUGGCACACAGUUGCGAGCAAUUAGGUUGUGAAUGCUAUCGAAAUGUUGUACGCAAAUGAAAUGAUGAACCCGUGUCGGAAAUCGGCCAAUGCAUCGACAAUGCAAAAAUUUGAAAACGAAAUGUGGUUACCGUAACUACCAAUACUUUUUUAUAUUGACUACUAUUUUAUCAUUGUAAACUUAACACUUCUUAUCAUCAUUUGUACAUAUAUUUUUUAUUGAGCAUCAUUAUUAUUACGAUUACUGAAAAGAGAAAUUGUAUUAUAAAAAUAUGUACGUGAAUGUGCAUUAUCUUCAUAGUUAGAUAGUGCAAUACAGUACCUGAAAAUUUAACUCCAACAUAUUUUUAUUACUUAAUAUAUAAUACAUUGAAUUCCCUCAUGUUGCUAUCCAAGAAUGCAAUUAGCGAUGAUAUAAUGUGCAUCAGAAAUUCCUUUUAAUAAGAACAGUUUCAUAUAGACCUACUAGCGCCAUCAUUAUGAUAUUGUAUGUUUUAUUCGAAUUAGAUACUCUGCAACCAGGUGGCGCUUGGCGAGUCCUUUUCAGAGUCUGUUGUCAACACUGUCAACAGGUCAACUGCGUUCUGCUAGCAUUCGCUUGAGAUACAUGUAGUACAGCACGUGCUGCGAUGUUCAGCUUCAGCGUAGACAUGGUUCUGGACUUAGUCUUUUGUAUAACGUGCGCCUCAAAUUCAUCAUCAUCAUCACAGAUACGCUGGCGCUUGAUUGAACAUUCAACAUCCAUCACGUCACGGUGGCACGAUUACUACUUAGUACUUCAUUAACUCAGUUAUAAUAAAUGAGGUGCUUGUGCAUAUGCUCUGUCUCAGCGCACGGGUUCGUCAGAAGAUCAAUACAGCAGUAUAAAAACCAACAAGAAGCUUAUUCAGACCCAUUGUAUUGCAUUAAUUGCUCCGACAUGGAAAGUCAGUAGUAGUUGAACAAGAUUGAAGAAAGAUUCUCCCACUUACUCUAAAAUGUGUCUAGCGGGCAAACGAAACUACAACCAUUCUGUCAUUGACAGUGUCGGAUGAGCGAAUUUGUCGGAUUAUGGAAAAGUGCCUAAGACCCCUUACAGUCCGGAAUUUUUUACAAAAAAGUACCUUGUAAUUCGACAAAUUACAAAUCCUAAAGUACAAACAUGGCAUAUGACCAUGUCUGAUUACAAGGUGUGCCGGAUCAAGCCGGGUCCGGAUUACCGGGAUUCCACUGAAUACAUUUGGGUUUAAUACAAGGGGAAGCAAUUAAAUAAAAGUGGUAUUUUACUUCAAUACGUUUAUUAAAGACUUUUCUUCAAAAUAAAUUUUGUCUUGAAUUGUUAAA